AAAACACCUGAACAGUUGCUUCUCACAUUAGCAGACCCAUUGUAACCUCACCCGAUGCAUUUUGAAAUAAAAUAAUCACUUUAGUUUCAAUUUCCACAAUGAACGUUCUUACAUGAAUAAAUAUGAGCAGACGCACGGAAAGUUCCAAAGCGCUCAGUGGAAACAUUUGAUAAAUUAGCCUAACGCACGCACCGCGACCCCCACUGGAGAUGCCGGUCGCUGAUUGGACAAACCCGCUGGGGGUCCAGGGAUUUGUGUAACAAACGGCUAUAAAAAACAGCUCGUCAACUUAACACUAACCAGGGAACUAACAGAGAGCUACAUCCCAAGUGUUCUCCACCAAAAAUCAAGCCUACCUCUUGCACCCGAUGAACAUCACCAUAUUUCAACAAGAUGCUAGCUAAAUUCGGCCUGUUCGCGAUCUUCCUAGUCCUGGGGACCUCCGCCUUCGAUGUCGAACCGGAGGAAUCCUCUCCUGGCCGUGCACGCUUCUCCUCCAGUAGCCCCUCAGAUGUGGCUGGGUGCUUGAAUGGUGCUCUAGCUGUGGGAUGUGGAACAUUUGCCUGCCUGGAGAAUUCUACCUGUGACACGGAUGGCAUGCACGAUAUCUGCCAACUGUUCCUCCACACCGCAGCUACCUUCAACACACAGGGUAAGACAUUUGUAAAAGAGAGUCUGAGGUGUAUUGCCAACGGCGUCACAUCUAGAAUGUUCCAGACCAUCAGACGCUGUGGAAUCUUCCAGAGGAUGAUCUCUGAGGUCCAGGAGGAGUGUUACAGUAGACUGGACAUCUGUGGUGUGGCUCGCUCCAACCCUGAGGCCAUUGGAGAGGUGGUACAGGUACCUGCACACUUCCCCAACAGGUACUACAGCACUCUGCUUCAGUCCCUGCUGGCCUGUGAUCAGGGGACAGUGGCGGUUGUCAGGGCGGAGUUUGUUUCUAGGCUGGGGCCAGACAUGGAGACCCUCUUCCAGCUGCUGCAGAACAAGCCUUGCCCCCAGGAGUCUAACCAAGGUGCUAACUCCGCCCCCGCCGGCUGGCACUGGCCAAUGGGGUCUCCCCCCUCCUUCAAGAUCCAGCCCAGCAUGGGAGGAAGAGACCCCACCCACCUGUUCGCUAGGAAACGCUCUCUGGAGGAGUCGGAUAGAGAGAUGGAGUAAAGAGGAGACAAACACUACCGGUCAGAUGUUUUAGAACACCUGCUCAUUCCAGGGUUUUUCUUUAUUUCUACU